AAAUUCGUAAAAAUGGCGAAUGUGCUUAAAUGUAACACGUGUAAUAUCGUUAUUAAUGAACUGUUGUGCUACAUACAGAAUAAACUAUCGGUAAUAGAUGACGACACUUUAGUGCGCCUUUGUAGAACGUCGUUUUCCAGCGAAGAGAUAAAAAAAUCAAAAUGUUUAUUGUUUGAUUCUGUGUCGACCGAUCAUCGCAAAAUAUCGCGAAAAAACAGUGGCAAGGAGGUUCGAGACUUGGAGGACAUUGUGGCACUACUACGAUCAGUCGAAAUAGAUAAAGUGCCCGUGUUCGUUGCGCGUAAACUCGAGAACUUACCUCCAAUAACGGUAGAUCAUUUAGACUGUACAAAACUGUUAAAAGAUCUCGCAAAGAUGCAAAAUGACAUUACGCUAAUAAAAUCUUCUUAUGCUACAAUAACUCAACUUGAGGAGCUACGUUUGGAUUUAAAUAAUAUGAAAUAUGCGUCAAUACCGCAAUCCCCCUUUAGCAAGGUGAAUGCGAGGCGGGGAGCGUGGAUGUAUGACAGUGGCCCAAUUGGGCUAUCCCACUGUUCCACAAACUCAGAAAAAGAGAACUCUUCCUGCACGUCACAAGUAUCUCCUACUAUACCGCUAAAUAAUGAUAAUAAGAUAAACAAUAGGCAGUUAUCUCCGAAGAAACAAUCGCCACACAAAAAUAUUCAAGUAAAGUGUCACAAUAACAACGAAAUCGCAACAUCGAAUCCGUUAUUAUCCGUUGAGGUGAGUCAUCCUCCCCUACCGGAGAUUGCUGAACCGUGUGCGCAAGCGGCCAAGGAAUGUGAUACGGAUACCCACUGCGCGGUGACAGACAACAACAGCUACCCGCGCGACGACAAUAAUAGUGAAAACGGUGAAUGGAUUACAAAGACCUAUAAGCGUAAUAAACCGAAUUACCGUUAUGCGGGAAAACGAGGCUUAGCCUGCGAUGCGCAAAACAAUGUUAAGUUUAGGGCGGCCGAGAGGAAAAUACCGAUUUUUAUCUCAAAUGUAAACAAAGAUUGCCUUGAAUCCGAUAUUAUAAACUAUGUCAAGGACAAAACACAGGAAACCAUAAUAUUAGAAAAACUAAAUAUCCAAAAAAAAUCCCAUAAUGCAUUCAAGUUUUUCGUAUUGGAAAGUAAAGAGUCACUUUUCCUGGAUGCUAAAAUAUGGCCUAAGGGCAUCAUAGUAUUUAAGAGAUUUGUGCAUUUUAGGCAAAGCACGGCGAACAGAAAGACAUCUGUUGACGGCACACAUAAUAGCAUUCAUAAUGGAAAAAACAAAUAACCAAAAAUGUAUAAAUAGUGCCAAUGGAUUGGUACAGUUAGUAAGCUUUAAUUGUAAGAACGUAAAGCGGUCAGUGGAUUCUAUACGGCAAUUAUGUCAGUCUUCGGAUGUCAUUGCCUUGCAAGAAACCUGGUUGCGGCCUGACGAUAUACAUUACUUAGCUGAGAUAGACACAAGGUUUGGAUAUACUGGAACCUCAGCGAUGGACACCACGGUUGGCAUGAUUCGUGGAAGACCGUAUGGCGGUGUCGCGCUGAUGUGGAAUAAGAGUGUGUUUCCCAACGUUUCUAUUGUGCAGUGUGAUAACGCGCGCGUAAGUGCCAUAAAAAUUAACCUCCCUCGAGAAUCGUUACUUGUGUUCAGUGUUUACAUGCCUACGGAUAAAAUUAUGAACUUAGUGGAAUUUACGGAUUGCCUUAGCCUGGUGAGUGCUACUAUUAUUAAUGAGGAUGUCCGUUUAGCAUACAUAUUAGGAGACUUUAACGCUCAUCCGGACGAAUUAUUUUAUAACGAAAUGAUAAAUUUUUGUUCCGAACAAAAGUGGACUUGUGCUGACAUUGAAACGUUAGGAUUGAGAUCAAAUACCUACAGUUUUAUCAGCGAGGCUAACGGGUCUAGGCGGUGGCUAGACCACAUUUUGACGACGGAAUCUGCCACGAAAACAAUUGUAAA